GGCUCGGAGCCGUUCCCCCCGCGGCGGCGGCGGCGGCAGCGCCAGCGCCGGGGCCGCUCCUCCCGCCCCGGCCGCCCGCUGCCCGCCCGCCUGGCUGGGCCGGGCUGUCCGGCGGCCUGGCGGCACUGGCGGGGCGGGGAGGAUGAGCGCUAGGAGCGGCAGCAGCGGCACAAGGAGGAGCAGCAGCAGCAGCAGUGCGAGCAGCAGCAGCGCUGGGCGCUGAGCCGCGCAGGGCAUGGCGCUGCCGGGGGAGCGCGGCGCAGAGCCGCAGCCCGGCGCCUCCCGCCCCGCUGCCGCCGCCACCGCCGCCACCGAUGAGGACGGAGAACCAGGAGGAGGAGGAGGAGGGCAACCGGAGGCGCUGUCGCUGGAGGAGAUCCUGCGGCUGUACAACCAGCCCAUCAACGAGGAGCAGGCGUGGGCCGUCUGCUACCAGUGCUGCGGCUGGCUGCGGGCCCGCGCCCGCCGCCGGGAGACCCCCGCGGGCAGACCGGGGGCGGCCGCGCACCUCCGCGUCUGGAGGGACGGAGCCGUCAGCAUGGAGCAGGGCGAGCCCCGGCGGCCGCCCCACAGCGCCGAGGAUAAAUCAGACCGGUUACACUGCACAGAAAUGGAGGUUAUCGAAUCCCUCGGGAUUAUUAUAUACAAAGCCUUGGACUAUGGUUUGAAGGACAAUGAAGAACGGGAAUUAAGUCCUCCUCUGGAGCAGCUUAUAGACCACAUGACUAACACCACAGAAACUGAUGGGGGUAGAGAUGAAGGAUAUGAUGCUCUGGAUGAGGGAGUGGAGGACGAUGACGAUGAUGACAAAGCAGAAGUUGAGGCUAUUCAUUCCUACAAAGAUGUCAUGAAGCUGUGUGCUGCCCACCUGCCAACCCGAUCAGAGGCAGCGAACCACUAUCAAGCAGUAUGUCGGGCUCUGUUUGCUGAAACAAUGGAGCUGUACACUUUCUUGGCCAAAAUUAAAAGUGCAAAAGAGAAUCUGAAAAAGAUUCAAGAAAUGGACAAAGAGGCAAGUGACGAAUCCAGUACAGAUCUUGAUGACUUAAAGAAUGCUGACUGGGCUCGUUUCUGGGUACAGGUGAUGCGAGAUUUACGGAAUGGUGUCAAACUUAAGAAGGUUCAAGAGCGUCAGUACAACCCACUCCCCAUAGAAUAUCAACUCACACCCUAUGAAAUGCUGAUGGAUGAUAUUAGAUCCAAACGCUAUACCUUAAGAAAGGUCAUGGUCAACGGUGACAUUCCACCUCGAUUAAAAAAGAGUGCCCAUGAAAUAAUCCUGGAUUUCAUCCGAUCACGACCUCCAUUAAAUCCUGCCUCUGCAAGAAAACUGAAACCAACCCCACCACGGCCACGCAGCCUUCACGAGAGGAUAUUGGAGGAAAUCAAGGCAGAGAGGAAGUUGCGUCCAGUCUCACCUGAUGAGAUCAGGCGUAGCAGGCUGGAUGUAUCUGCGCCAGAGGCAGGAAGAAAAUCAGUGGAUGCCUCUGUAGCAAACGGUGGCCUGGCACCACAAGGAAAGCAGAAGGGGGCCGCACAAGUGACAGUACAACGAAAGAGACUCCUUAAGGCUCCCACGUUGGCUGAACUUGACAGCUCAGAUUCAGAGGAGGAAUCAGUGCAUAAAUCAACAAGUAGCAGCAGCAUCUCCCCUUCACAAGUGGAAGACCCCUCUCAGGAAGGCACCAGCAGCAGAAAGACGCCUCCAAAGUUCUUGCCCAUAUCAUCUACGCCACAGCCAGAGAGACGGCAGCCGCCUCAGAGACGACACUCCAUCGAAAAGGAAACGCCAACCAAUGUGAGACAGUUUCUACCACCUUCAAAACAGAGCUCCAGAUCACUUGUUCCUAGGAUAACGAGUUUAUUUCCAAGGAUGACUUUCAGACCACUUUUUUCAACUAUGCAAACAGCUUCUCUGCUCAGCUCUCAUCCCGUUGAAGCAGCCAUGUGUGGGGUGGCAGGGGCUAUGUACUAUCUCUGUGAGAGAGCUUUUGCCAGCAGGUGGAAACCCGCAAAGGAGGAGUUCUGUUACCCGGUGGAAUGUCUGGCUCUGACGGUGGAGGAAGUCAUGCACAUCCGUCAGGUGCUGGUGAAGGCAGAGCUGGAAAAGUACCAGCAGUAUAAAGAUGUCUACACUGCUCUCAAAAAAGGAAAGCUCUGCUUUUGCUGUCGAACAAGAAGGUUUUCUUUCUUUACCUGGUCUUACACUUGUCAGUUCUGUAAAAGACCCGUAUGCUCACAGUGCUGCAAAAAAAUGCGAUUGCCAUCAAAGCCAUACUCUACUCUCCCCAUUUUCUCACUGGGACCUUCUACCUUGCAAAGAGGAGAAAGCUUUAUGAGGCCAGAGAAACCCUCCACCAGUCACCACCGAUCACUGCGGAGCAUGCCCAGGUUGGCCUCAAGGUCCAAAUCCGUGGAUAAGUCCAAUGAAGAGCUGCAGUUUCCCAAAGAAUUAAUGGAGGACUGGAGCACGAUGGAGGUGUGCGUGGACUGCAAGAAGUUUAUUUCAGAAAUCAUCAAUUCAAGCCGGCGCAGCCUCUCUCUGGCCAACAAGAGAGCCAGGUUAAAAAGGAAAACGCAGUCCUUCUACAUGUCCUCACCAGGAACCUCUGAAUACUGCCCCUCUGAAAGGACUAUCAAUGAGAUCUGAGCCUUGUGCCUUUUGCUUUGCUUUUGUCUUCAUGAGGUCAUCGUCCAUAAGAAAGGUCACGAAAACUGGAUUCUCACUCCGUUGCUUCGUUUCACUUGACAGGCCUGAAUUUGCAUUAGAUCACAGGAUUUCCUACUCCAAUGCUUUCCAGAGACACAGAAGGCUGUUUUUAUCUGUACAGAAUGGGAUGCAAUGGGUCAGCACUGGAAGAAAAUCAAUAGUUUGAAAUUGUUGCCUCUUUUGUACGUGUGCAUUGAAACUAGAAAGCUUUUUCUUGCUUUCAGUCUUUUUUUUUUAACCACCCUUCGAAUCAUUUUUCAGGAGAUGAGCUAAAACAUGUUUGAUGGAGAACCAAACCUAACAAAGUGUCAGUGUUAGCACGGUAGCAAACAGUAAGUCAUAUUGGCAUUACCAGGCUAGUAAUGCUCACAUCCUAGAUUAAAAAACAAGGAGUCAACUCGCACACCAGGCACCUAGCAUGAGCAAUUGUGGUUCGAAUUGUCUUUCUUUGAACCAUUUCUGUUGCUCUGAGAUCAGGGCCCAGCCCAGGACCUCACAGUCUGUGUACUGGGGCAAAAUAACGUGACAGCUGUCUGCCCGUGCGGCCGGCUGUUCCCCUGAGCUGCUCUACUUCUUAAGCCUUAGUGUUCGUCUGAGCGUCUCCUGAGCAGGUUUUAGUGGUUCACAUUCUGUCUCGAAUGUACAAUGAUGAAUACUGGUAAAUUUUAGUAGCAGACAGUUGUACAGCGUGUGGGGAGGAAAUAAGGGAGGCUUCUCAACUGGAAACCUGUCAAGCUGUUCUCGUGGUUCCUCAGAGGAGAGGGUGGGUGAAGGUGUACAUUUGUAUUAUAGUGGAGCACGCAAAUACUGCUAUCGUUAUGUCUGACAGCAUAUCCACUGGUAUCCCCAUUUUUUCUGGGGUUUAUAACUUGGCUGUAAAAAUUAGGAUUCUGCUGAAAUUUGGGACGGCGCGGUCUCAGAUUGGGAGCAGUCUCUCUGUUCCCCCCCCCCCCCAUCCCUUUUUUUCUUUCUUUUUCCUUUUUUAAUUUACUCACAGAAGAAUGCUAGACUAGUUGGUUAGAAGUCCCAACGGUGGUACACUGCUAACUGACAUCACAUGGUUUUUUUGCACUUUUUUUUUAAUUUUCAAAGUACUUUUUUUUUUUUAAAUGCAGGCGUAGCCGGAGUUUAGUCUAUGAUUUGGGGCCGGAUCGUUUUGGUAUUUAAAAACAAGCUAAUAUAGCCAAGUUAUUAAUACUUGAAAAUCAACUACUGUAACUUUUUUCAUAAAUUUUUUAAUACCCUGAGGCGUAUUUAAUAUCUAUAUAGCAGUGUAUUAUAGAGUGACAUAGCAGAAAAAAAAAAAAGUUUCAGAUCUAUUUAUUAACAUUUCUAUACUAAGGAUUAAUGAGAGAUACCUCAGAACUGCUCCAAAGUAGCUGGGACUGGAUUUAACCCGAUGUGAUUUGGAUGGUACAUUCACCAAAACAAAUCCUCCUGGUGCAUUUGGGAGCCCGGGGGGAGGCAGAUGGCCCCGUCAGCCCUGGCGUGGUGCCGUGCGCUGCUGCUGCCCUGGGGAGGAUGAUUCCCCUUUCCCCAUCCUCUUUCCCAUCCCCUUCCCCUUCCCUUUCCCUUUCCCCAAAUGUCUGUUCUCGUGUAACGUUGCAGCCUUCGGAGCAGCCACUCGUGUAUAUCCACGGUGAUUCGAAAAGCACAGGCGAAAGUCUCCUUAAGCCUUCCCAGAGAUUCGUCCCUCCUCCUUUUUCUCUGAAUGGAAAACGAGGAUUGUGCGUACGCAGAGCUGAUGGAAAUAACGUUUUAGCAUCUUUCUGACCCAAUCUGAACGGGAAAGGCCAGGGCCAGCUCUCCCUCUUCAGCUGCCCCGUGUAAGGUCGGGUGUCAGGGCCUUUCUGGGGUGCCUCUGGAAGCGUUUGGCGUGGGAGGGUGAGGACGUAGGAUUGCAGGGACAGCUUGAAAGGGCCCUGGUGCUGCUGGAAGGGCCGCCUGAUCUCAGCCCCAUCAGCACUUUCUCUCAUUUCUGUGCCAAAACCAGGCCUCGGGUUUGCUGCAGCGUGCACCGGGAGAGCUAGGCCGACAGAAACGCGUGACGUCUCACUCCGAGCUCCCCCAUCCUUUUCUUCGGCAUCUUCAAGCCUCUUAGCCCAGCAGCUUAUCUUCCCCUUCGAGAAGGGUUUCGGGCAUCGCAGAGCUGGCAGCAAGGACCAAGAAAUCCCGAGCGAUCCCCCGGGACGUGCCAAGGCCCCUCCGCCUCGGCAGCGCUACAGGGCAGCGGCUGAGCCUCCGGGCAGCUGCUCAGGGGUAGCAUGGAGGGGGAGCUCACCUCGCGUGCUUUCUGCCUCUCUGCAGAGAGCGAGGGCUGCUCUGAGCUUUCCAUCUCGCUGCUGUUUUCAGCUUUCCACCUCACUGCUUGUGUUGGCAUCCCCGGUCCCCUCCCAUUGCCCGCCUGCACGUCCCGGCCCUGCUCUGAGCUUCGAAAGCGGGAGCCUGUAAAUAGGUGUAAUAUAUUUAUUAACGUGUAGGGAGUCUCCAUCAAUCAUGCAGUGGGAACCGAGCUUCCCGUGGUGUUUUAAAAAGAAAACGAGUCCUAUUUAUAUGUGUGUUGGCUGUUACCUUUAUUAGAGUUACUGCUUUCGGCCCCUCCAGGCAGUUCGCGCCCCAUAGGCAUUUUAGAGUGAAUUAUUGCCGAAAGGAAGGUGGGACCAGCACAGCGAGCUCCCUUCUGGGAAUUUUUACCAUCUCGUUACUUUUCUAGCUUCGUUAAUAUGCCCACAGCCUGUUCAGAUGGAUCGUGGGAGACCCAAGGAGUUAAAAACGCCGCCGGCAGCGUCGGUCUUGUUUCAUCUCUGACCCCGGUUGCAGAGGAUUCAAAGCCAGCUGAGCCUCGCUGCUGCGACAGAGGGAGCAAGCAGAGCCUUGCUGCAGCUCUCACACCUACAGGACCUGAAGCUGCAAAUGUUCAUGGUGACAUUAUUGCUUAUGGGGUUUGUUGGCUGUUUGUUGUUUUGUUUUUUUUUUCCUCCCUUUUCCCGUUAUUUCUGUUAUACUGGGAGGGGUGUUACUGGGCGAAAAUAAAAUGCCUUUCCAUUACA